AUGGCGUGUAAGCGUUUAAUGUACAAUCAUCGUAAACGAAAAAUGACACUUGAGUGUGAAUAUUUGGAAAAAAUGAGUGAUAUAAAGCAUAAACAGAAUAGUGAAACGGUUAUAAGUAGUUCAUAUCAAACGUAUGAUACGUUCAAUAAUGAAACUAUUUUAACCGCAAACACUCUGGUCAAUACAUUAGAAGAUAUACCUUCUAAUGGAGAACUUAUUCAGACAAUGUUAAGCACAAACGAUGAAGAUAAACAAUACAUUGAGGAUGUAUAUGAUCAUGAUAAUAGAGCUAUAGUAAAAGAUACAAUAGGACUUAGCAUAACAAUGGCCUUAUUGAAAAGUCAUCAUAAAUGGACAUGGAAAGGUGUUGAAGAUAUUAUUCGAUUAAAUAAACUUAUAAACUUAGACUGCCCCCUUCAAUCAAGAUAUAAAAUAGAAAAACAUCUGGAUAGUGUUGUAAAUACCAAUGUAAGUUAUGAAACAUUUUAUAUAUGCGAUCUCUGCGUUGAUAAUAUUUCACCAGCCGGAUGUCAAAUUUGUGUAAGAUUGUUUGAAUCAAGAGAAAAUUCCUUUGUUCCUAUGUAUCUAGCCAUCAAUGAGUUACCACUGAAAGAACGCUUUCAACCUCAUAAUAUUAUCCUUAUUGGAGUAUGGGCCAAUGAGGUCCAUAUAAAUCGUCAUUUACUACAGAAAGUAAUGGAAAUUAUUUGUGUUCAAUUAUUAACUGUAGAAAACGGUAUUAAUGUAUACGUCAAAGAUUUGGAUAUAAUUCGUAAUAUAGCUGUAUACAAUAUUAUUACCGUUACUGAUAAAGUUAUGAAGAAUAAAUGUAUGAAUAUGGUUCAGCAUAAUGGUGCGUACGGUUGUGCAUACUGUUUGAACCCUGGAAAACAUUUUAAAACAGUAAAAGGUGGACGUAUAAGGUCAUUCCCACGGCCACAUGAUUAUAAUUAUCGUCUUCGCUCCAUAACAACUUAUAAUUCUGCCAUGGCACAACUGCAACAAGGUAUUAAAUUGUAUCAAGGGCAUUAUGGUCCAUGCGUUCUUCAAUCACUAAAAUUUCAUCAUUUUCCUAAUUCAUUUAUUGUUGAAUCAAUGCAUACUAUUUAUCUGGAUUAUGGAAUACUUUAUAGUGAACAUCACGUCAAACCAGUGGUUGAAGAUAUUGCUCAUAUUGGGCCACAAUGCUUUAUGUUUGGCCAAUUGUCAACUACGAUGCAUUUGGAUUCGAAUCAUUGA